AUUCAAAGUAUCUUCCUCUUCGGCUGUCCAUUGCUUCGAGGUUUCAUGGGGAUUCAAGAAACUUACACGUUUAGUGCCUGGAAAUGGCUAGGCUUCGUUUCUGCAGUGUGGGUGCAGACCAUUUCGGGAAAUAACUAUACUUUUUCCAACUACUCCGAUGCUAUCAAGACGCUUAUGAAUCUUACCCAGCUUCAGCUUAACAAUCUGUCUGUGGCUAAAGAUGUUGGUAAGGCUUUUGGUCUGCUUGCUGGCCUUGCCUCUGAUCGUUUGCCCACUCCGGUUAUUCUCUUUAUUGGUGCCGUUGAAGGCUUGAUUGGUUAUGGUGCUCAAUGGCUCGUCGUUAGUCAGAAAAUUCAACCCCUUUCUUACUGGCAGAUGUGUAUAUUCAUGUGCAUGGGAGGCAAUAGCACGACAUGGAUGAACACCGCCGUUUUAGUAACUUGCAUCCGUAAUUUUCGACGGAACCGCGGUCCGGUCUCCGGGAUCUUAAAAGGGUAUGUUGGUCUCAGCACCGCAAUCUUCACCGACCUCUGUUCCGCCCUCUUCUCCGAUGACCCUGCUAAAUUCCUCAUCAUGCUCGCCGUCAUUCCCUUCGCCGUUUGCCUCAGCGCGAUCUUCUUCCUCCGUGAAAUCCCGCAAACGACCUCCGUGGCUGCUGAGAAGGAAGAAACCCGCUAUUUCGCAAUAUUCAACGCGGUUGCCGUCGUCGUCGCUGUUUAUCUUUUAGUUUACGAUCUGAUCGGUUCAUCCAAUCAAGUAAUUCGGCUCGUAUUCGCGGUUAUUCUUUUAAUCUUAUUAGCUAGUCCGCUGGCGGUUCCGCUGUAUUCGUUUAUAAAGAGUUGGAGCUUGGUCGGGUUCGAAGCCGACAUGGAGCGACAUGAACCGUUGCUGAAAGAAGAAACACCGUCAACGGCGGAGGAGAAAAAGGAAGUUCUCAGCAAACAAACUGAAGUGGCAGCUUCUGCUGCUGACACAGCGGUAGUGGAAAAGACUAGGCCGGUGAUCGGAGAAGAACACACGAUAACGGAGGCGAUGCAGACAUGGGACUUUUGGGUUUUGUUCGUAUCGUUCCUUUGUGGUGUCGGAACAGGAAUGGCGGUGAUAAACAACAUGGCCCAGAUCGGUUUGGCUCUCGGCCACGCCGACGUUUCAAUGUUCAUUUCAUUAACCAGUAUUUGGGGCUUUUUCGGGCGGAUCAUUUCAGGCUCAGUUUCCGAGUACUUUCUCAAGAAAGCUGGAACACCAAGGCCACUUUGGAAUGCAGCAUCUCAGGUCCUGAUGGCAGUUGGGUUCCUUCUCAUGGCAUUGGCGGUGCCUGGUUGCCUUUACAUUGGUUCGAUUGUUGUCGGCCUCUGUUACGGCGUCCGUCUUGCUGUGACCGUCCCUGUUGCCUCGGAACUCUUUGGUCUCAAAUACUACGGUCUUCUAUACAACAUUUUAAUCCUCAACCUUCCCAUAGGUUCUUUCCUCUUCUCUGGCCUGCUUGCAGGGUACCUAUAUGAUGCACAGGCAAUUCCGACACCAGGGGGUGGGAAUACCUGUGUGGGAGCUCAUUGUUAUGGUCUUGUGUUCGUCGUAAUGGCUAUUGCCUCUGUUGUCGGAUUUGGCUUGGAUGUUUUGCUGGCAAUUAGAACCAAGAACAUUUAUACCAAGAUAUUCAACAGUCGUAAAUCGAAGAAAUCAUCGCCGGCCGGCAAAUGACGGACAAUUUGCAGCAAAUGUAAGGCUGGGACGGUAGGAUUGAUGAGCAUUUUUGCUCAGUGAUAUCCUAUUCCUAGGUACACGAGUAGCU